UUUGUAUCCGCUGAACCUGGACAAGAAGUUGUUUUGAAGAAAAUGCAUGGAGGUGAUGGGAGUGAGAUCAGUCCUGCGCGAAACCCCAGGGUUACGCCUGUGAGGUCCCUGGAUGUGACAGACAGUGAAAGCUCCAAGGACCAACCCGCGAAAUUAUGCGGAUUUUUGUACAAGCUAGCUGGGAAGGGGCCACUAAGGGGUUUCAAAAGCCGCUGGUUUGUCUACGAUCCCAGAAAAUGCUAUUUGUAUUACUUCAAGACUCCCCAAGACUCCCUACCUCUGGGACAUAUUGAAAUAGCCGAUGCCUGCUUUAGUUAUGAAGUGGACGCUGGCGAUGAAGGGCAGUUUGAGAUCCAUACAUCUGGAAAUGACUUUAUCCUCAAGGCUCCCAACAGACAGGUGAUGAGAUACUGGUUACAGCAGCUGCAGCAGAAGAGAUGGGAAUUCUGUAACGCUCGAGGAACAGCCAGGGAUAGCUGGAACUCCCCCACGCUGCCAGACCUUCCAACAGGACUGGUUGCCAAGGAUACAGAUGCCUUCUCAUUUGAAAAGCCUAGUGACUCCACGGAGAGUGUCCGCAAUGAGUUUGCUAUGGAAAUUGCCCCAGAAGGGCAUGUGGGAGUCAAUACAGCCAGAAACCCUGCUGCCCAGCCUUCCACCAUCAACUUCUCCUUGAAGCAGUGGGGCACAGAGUUAAGGAAUUCGAUGUCCCAUCUGAGAGCAGGCAAGGGGAGCAGUGAGAACAGGAGGAGUGUUUUUUACACAAGCAGUGAGGAGUGGGAGAUGAUUGACCCCACCUCGAAAGACUUUCAGGAUCUUGCGACGCAGGAAUACACAAGGAAAUCCCAACUGGAGGGAAACAGAGUUUCCCUAGGCUCCGCCUUCACGUUUGAUUUUAGCCGCAAUUCUUCGAGACCGAAGCGGCCGUUUCUAAGAGACAUGAUUGGACCGAGCAAAAACCGGAGCAGCAACGAGGCCUCCCCGGUGGAGUGUAUCGUGAGCAAUGGCAACAAAGCCUCUGAGAGCCAGCUGAAGAUCCAGAGCCUGCAAGAGGAGCUGACCAGACUGAAGGAAGAGCACACUAGCCAAAAGGAACUCGUCCGGCUGCUUCAGCAGACCUUGAGGGGUUCCCAGUAUGACAAGAGGUCCAGCAGCACUCAGCCGGGAGCUGCCCCUGACGGCAUGGAGCUGGUGAGGGAGAAGGACCAGCAAAUCCAGGCUCUGAGCGCAUACAUAGAGAAGCUGCGGCUGGAGAAGGAGAGCCUGCACCAGGAGGUGAAGUCCCUGAAGAACAAAGUGGGGGAGCUCAACGAGCAGCUGGGCAUGCUAAUGGAGACCAUCCAGGCCAAAGACGAGGUGAUCAUCAAGACCAGCUCCUCACACACAGAGGAGUCUUCCGUACCCAGCAGGGACCUGCAGGAGCUGGACAGGCUGAAGGACAGUCUUCAGGGCUACACAACACAGAACAAGUUUCUGAAUAAAGAGAUUUUGGAGCUAACUGCCCUGAGGAGGAAUGCUGUAGCAAGAGAAAAAGCCUUGGAGGCAAAGUGCACGGGUCUGGAAGCUAAGCUCUGUCAGAUUGAGAGCAAGUACCUGGUCCUGCUUCAGGAAGUGAAGAACCCAGUGUGCUCCGGGGAGCAGGGCCCGGCCCGCGAGGUCAUCUCCAGGUUACUGGAGGACGCGCUGGAGGUGGAAACUCCUGAACACCCAGAACACACUAUACUCAAACCACACGCUGUCAGUGAGUUUGACGUCUUUGGCUUCAAGACUAUGCCGGAGGAUGACGAGGAAGAGCAGCUGGUAGCCAAGGUGAGAGCCCUGGACCUCAAGUCUCUCUCCUUCACUGACCAGGAGGUCUCUGUGGGGGUCAAAUGGGAGAACUACUUUGCCAGCACCAUGAACAGGGAGAUGGUGCGCACCCCCGAGCUCAAGGGCUUGAUUCGCAGUGGCAUUCCUCACGAGCACCGCUCCAAAGUGUGGAAGUGGUGUGUUUGCUUCCACGUCAAGAAGUUUCGGGACACUGUCCCCCCAGACUAUUUUAACCAGCUGCUGCAGGAAGCCCUUGAAAAACAGAACCCGGCGUCCAAGCAGAUCGAGCUGGACCUCCUGCGGACAUUACCCAACAAUAAGCACUACGCUUCACCCACCUCGGAGGGCAUCCAGAAACUCCGCAAUAUCCUUCUGGCGUUUUCCUGGAGAAACCCCGAUAUUGGAUAUUGCCAAGGUCUUAAUCGGUUGGCAGCUGUAGCGCUUCUCUAUUUAGAUCAGGAGGAUGCGUUCUGGUGCCUGGUUGCCAUUGUGGAGGUUUUUAUGCCACGAGACUAUUACACCAAGACGCUGCUAGGAUCGCAGGUUGACCAGCGAGUGUUUAAGGAUCUGAUGAGUGAGAAGCUCCCCCGUCUGCAUGCCCACUUUGAGCAGUACAAGGUGGAUUUCUCUCUCAUCACCUUUAACUGGUUCCUGGUGGUGUUUGUGGACAGUGUGGUCAGUGACAUCCUCUUUAAGAUAUGGGACUCCUUUCUAUACGAGGGACCAAAGAUCAUAUUUCGUUUUGCAUUGGCGCUGUUCAAGUACAAAGAGGAGGAGAUGUUAAAGCUGCAAGAUUCCAUGGCUAUCUUCAAGUACCUGCGGUACUUCACUCAUGCUGUACUGGACGCAAGAAAGCUGAUGUCCAUUGCGUUUGGGGGCAUGAAUCCAUUCCCUCUGCGUCAGAUUCAGAACCGCAGGACCUUCCAUCUGGAGAAGGUGCGUCUGGAGCUAACAGAGCUGGAAGCCAUCCGGCAAAACUUCCUGCAGCAGCGCGACACCAGCCCGGAGGGGAGGGGGCUUAUCAGCGACGACGAAGAGGACAAUGACUAGAAACUGCCACAAAUCAGACCGCAUGUAGCCAUUGCCAGAGAGAAAACAUAAAAACAAGAAUUCAACAUUCCUCUGCCUGGUAUUGUUUAAAACAAUAUAUGCUGGCCAUAUUUCAUUUUUAUUACUCAUCACUCUGUGCUGGAACGAUAUUCCUUCUGUUUUAUGUGUUAGGCUUUUCACACUUGCAGACCUGAGCCAAGCCCUCAUGGUACGGCUAGUUUCACACUUGUCAUUUUGUCGAGCCGAGUCGAGCCGAGCCAAGCCAGAAUCGUGAAACUCUGGCCUCGCAAGAUUACUGUUACUGUUACUGGCUCAGUGCUGAGCAAGGCUGGGGCAGGGUUAACUCGUACUGUCCGAAACAAUAAAGUCUACCAAAAGAUUUCAAAGGAAUUGAGAAAUAAGGACUAAACCACAGCGCGAAAAUGUUGUGAAAAAUAAAAAAGGAUUCCAAAAAAGCUAAAGAUUAUAACAGUAAAGCGGGUCAGACCGCAAAAAAAGUUAUUAUGAUUUAAAAGUUAUAUGAUUGAUUGGACACGGUUCUUGGUCACAGACCUGCAACAACAGAUAUGAUCGUUUUUAAAAAAUACAGUAUAUUAACAUUGCAUGUAUAAAAAUAUGUAAAGAAAAACAUCUUUAAAUAUGUUAUGUUUAGAUUUUGCUCUUUUUUAAUAGGCCUACGUUAAAUCUAUUUUUCUGAAGUGUUUACUGACAUUUUUCAAAUACUAUCUGUAAAGUUUUAAAGUUAUUAUUAUUAGUAGUAAUAGUUAAUCUAACUUUUUAAUAUUAUGAAAUAAUUAUUUGGUUUGUGUUUGCAUUCAAAAACAUGUGAAAAACAAAUACAAACUAAGUUGUUUUUUUGUUUGUUUUUUUCACAACACUGUUUUGCGCUGUGCAGUUCUUAAUUUGUGCCAGGGCUUGCCGGAGCACAGCCCCAGAACCUCUGGAUGUGCAGAGACCAAUUUCUUUACAAAUUAACCACUGGCGCUGUGGUUUAGUCCCAUAUUUCUCAAUUCCUGUGAAAUUUUUUGGUAGACUUUAUCGUUUUUGGACAGUACAAGCUUGUGAUCCAUUCUCUAAACAAAUCCACACCACUCCUGCGUGUGCUUGUGUCCACUGAGUUUGACGUCAUGUUCCACAAUGCAGCUUCUACUUUGAACAGUUGUGCGAACGCUCCCUAGUUGCGCUGGGUGGUCUCGGCUUCUUUCCGGCUUGGCUCGGCUCAGGUGUGCAAGUGUGAAAAGGCUAUAUGAAUUCUACUUCUGUGAAAUUCCAUUACCAAACUGCGCUCUCUCUACCAGUAUUUGUAUCAAUCAGUGAUUGUUGAACGAUAGCACUUUGCAGUCCUCCAGCUAUCUGCGGCUGGUUACUGAACGUGUUAAUGAAAACAGUGCAAUAAUAAUUACGCAAGCCGCCUAUGUAUACAGGGUUUUGUUUAGAAUAGACCUUGAUGCAAACUUUUUAUUAUAACUUUUUUUUUACAUGUAUUAGUCACCAAUUUAAUUUUUACCCUGUUUUUCUCCCAGUUUGAAAUGCCCAAUUGUAUUUAGGCUCAGCCCACCUCUACCAUCUCUGUGCUAACUCGGGAGCGGCAAUGACAAACACAUGCUGUCCUCUGAAGUAUGUGCCUUCAGCCAACCGCUUCUUUUCGCUCUGCAGGCCCGUCAUGCAGCCAGCGCAGAGCUACAGCGUCGGAUGAUAACGCAGCUGUGGGCAGCUUUCAGGCAAGCCCGCAGGCGCCCGGUCAGUCUACAGUGGUCGCUGGUGCGUGGUGAGCCGAGGACACCCUGACCGACCUAAGCCCCCCCACCUUACAUUAACUAUACUGUAUAGAUUAUAUACAGCUGGAUUGUGCUAAAUAGCUUGUGAAAUGUUAGUCAGCCACAUUUUUUCCAUGUCUGUGUUUGUGUGAGUAGCUUUGAAAGUUCAGUAUACACUGGUAUACUAAUUCAGGUUACAAAGUGCUUGUUUAUAGAAAAGAUGCACAUUUGCACAUGCGUUUAAAAAAAAGUCACUGAUUUACUCCAAUAUUUUCUUGCACUUGGAUCACUUAAUCUCCAAGAUGAGUCUCAUGCACUUGGACUGCAUUAUUCCUAGAAUCAGAUGAAAAUGUACAGUAUUUCUUGCUCCCCGGCACCUAGUGAAAGCUCUCCUGGGUGAGUCCUGUGAGCGUUGCUCAAAUCCUGUUUGUGCUAAAUUGACAAUCCUUGAUAGGGGCCCACAGUGAGUCUGUCUAGUGUUAGUUCACAUUAGCACAGUAGCGACCCCUACUGGAUACUUUUUUGUUGGGCCUCACCUCCAAGGUUUAUUAACUUGGCAACAUUUGUUGCUUUUGGUUUGGUUAGUGGGAACAGGCCUUUCAAAUUAGGUGGAAAAACAAGGGUAAAGCUACAUAUAUAAUAGUAGUAACACAUCAAAAUGUACAGUACUUGGACGACUGUGGUUCUUAGUUAUCCAAUUUCAGUAUCUGCGUAAUAUUUACUAUCAAACAUUACUCAAGCGCAAUAAAAGUGAAGCUGUUUUCAUAGCAUGUGGUGGCUUGCAUGCCAGUUUUGCCUGUCCUGCUUCUACACCUGGUGCUCACUGCAGUGUCCAGUUGAAAUGCUCAAACAGUAUAUACUCAGCUUGCAUCCCCAAUCAAAACAUACCUUUUAUAUACAUUCCUCUUCCAUUUUAAUUAUAUCUUGUUUGUGUGUUGCUUGUAAUUACAUGGAUCUGUCAGGUUAAUGUUCAGUUCAAAGGCAAAUUUAAAAGUAAAACCAGAAGGUUACUUAAGGACACAAGUGUAUUUCAGUUUUGUAACAUUGACAAGUUAGAUUUCAAAUGUAAAAGUUUUAAGGAGACUUUUUUUGUGCCAAAUUCCACUUUUGUAUAAAGACCACUCAUUGGUCAUUCCCCAGGGCCAAUCGUCUUAACCUUUGCAUUCGUCAUUGGCUUGGUGUAUAAGAGUGGUGAAGAUUGCUCUGCUCCAUCUGAGAAUGGGGCUGUUUCAUUUUACUUCAUUGAGAGCUGGCCUCUCCAGUAAUCACACUUUUGCAAUAUCAGUGCUUCAAUCCUUUUUUUUCAAGGCAUACAUUUUGCACAAUCAUUCCUUCAUGGUUGGGUCUAGCAGCUAUAUAAUAUCUUGUCUAAUAUAUUUUACUGUACAAAUCUUUCAGCAGGACUUGAUUUUGCUUCAUGUCUAAGAUUCACUGUGUAUAUUGUUUCCACUUCUGGGAUGCCCUCAAUUACCCUUAUGCCUAUCCUUUCAGGUUAACAAUAUUCAUACUAAUGAAAUACAGUACUUUUCAAAUAUUAUCAUUCCCCUUGACCAAUAGUACUUGUAUUGUCCUGCGUUAAAGUUCUUAUACUGCAGUUUCCUUCAGUUUCAGAAUUUGAAAAGUAAAUGUAAAUCUGCAAAAAGUACAUUGCUGUUAUGGAAAUUGAUCGUUGCAAAAAAACCCCCAAAACAUUAGGCUAUUCUAAUAUGUGCCACUCAAAAAGCAUAUAUUGGAUCAUUUUCAAGUUGUAUUUUGAAAUUGAUAUAAGCUAGCUGACAUGCCCAGAAACCUUGUACUAUAUUAUAGUACAAUACAAUGCUGUAUCUGUUCAGUGCUACUGGCAAGCAUCUUUCUUUGGUCUCUGAAUCUGUAUAAUAUCUGCAGUAGAAUUUUUUUUUUUCUUUUUGUGUUUUUCAUUGCACAAGAACCCUAUUGAAUGAUCAAAUUGUAAUUGUUAUACCAGUAUCAAAACUUCCACAAUUUUAUGUUUUUGUAUCAGCAAAAAGAUUGUAAAUAAACACUCUCUUCUUUA